GAGAAGGUUGAUCUGGGAGAAGUAAUGCUAUCAUUAUGCUACCUUCCGACAGCUGGGAGAUUAACUGUAACCAUUAUCAAAGCGAGGAAUCUCAAGGUCAUGGAUAUAACAGGAUCGUCAGAUCCGUAUGUGAAAGUUUCUCUCAUGUGCCAAGGCAAGAGAGUGAAGAAGAAAAAGACGUCUGUCAAGAAGAGUACUCUCAACCCCGUUUAUAACGAAGCUCUGGUGUUCGAUGUGCCAGCUGAGAAUAUCGAAGACGUCACACUCGUUGUCAAAGUGAUCGAUUACGACAGGGUGGGCCCUAAUGAAGUGAUGGGCAUUUGUGCCAUAGGUAGCAGUUGCAUCGGUUUGGGCCGUGACCACUGGAUCGAGAUGUUAGACAACCCCCGUAAGCCUGUUGCCCAAUGGUAUCCUCUUCAAGAAUCCUUGUCCGGUCUAGCCGUGGAUACUGUGACCUCCAAGUCGUCCUCCAUCAAAUGCAUCAGCAUGAGAUGACUGUGAAGGACAUCACAUUCCAUACUGAAGAGAUUCUUCACGUAUAUGUCAUCAUCUCCGAAAAGCCUUUGGUAGGGCAUUUGUUGUGCCUCUUGACAACACUGGAUUGGUUUCACCCUCUCCCUUAUCCUUAAGCAAAGAUGGUUGGAAAGAAACAAGACCGUCGCUAAACUCACCGAAGUUGUUAUGCUUGUCGCCACACUUUACACAACUCUUAACAACUAUCCUGGAGUUUUUUCCCUGCUUGGGAAAUUAAAGGACAUAACGUGGCACAACCCCAUUUCCUUUCUACCUCCUAACCUCUUCGCGAUAAACCAUAGAAUAUUCUCAAGUGUGUGUACCAAACAAGGUUGAAAUUUUUAUUGCUGUAUUUACAAUUAACUGAAUUCUUGUGUAAAAAUUAUUUUUUGUUCUUUCUCUAGAUAUCUGUUCUAAUGAAUUACUUAAUUAAUAAGCACUGGUCAUAAGAUUUCUUUUAAAUAUAACAAAACGUUUUGCUAUGUUUUUUCGUCACAUUCGCAAGUUGUGGAUAAACAUGAAAUCGCAUAAGACGUACUGAAAUUAAACUCUGAUUUAAUAUUAAGUAAAACAAAUUAUGUAUGUAUCAGUAUAUUAAUAUUCUUCAUUUGAAAAAUAAUUUAAGGAGUUUAGCAAUCCUAAAUUUUAUUAUGCAUUAAAAUAAUUCAAGGAGUUUAGCAAUCCUAAAUUUUAUUAUGUAAGAGAGGUUCGCAUGCCAUAUUUAUUCCUAAAUGCUUUAUAAGUAUCUAAGCCGAAUCUAUUUGGCAGGAUAGAAUGCGUCAUAAGUGGCUAUUCGAAUAUUGCAUAUUCCAAAAAAGGUUGAUAUCGACGUAACUACGAGUAGAAGGUAUGAUAUGUGAAUGCUAGGUUUCAUUGAGAAAUUUCUAAAAUAUUACAACUUAAGAAAAAUUAUAUCUUCUAUAUAGAACAUUCUGUUCGAAUAUAUCUAAUGUCAGUCGCCAUACUUAAUUUAGUAGUAUAAAGUAAAAAUGAAACGAUGUAUUAUGUCUGAAAGGAAAUAUGUUUUCAGAAGUUACAACAUUUAUAGGGCCUUGAAGGAGUUUCAUAGAUGAUAUUUAAAACCUAGACGUUUUUCUGCCAAGUAUAUUGCAACAACUCUUCAUUCAAUAUAUUUAUGGUUCGGAUGACGAACUGAAUGAAGUUCUCGAGCAUUAUUUUGUAUAUAUUUUAUUUAUAUGCAGUGGACGCCGCUUAAUACCAUUACGAUUGAUGUUAUCAUUCGGAUACUACUGUUGAUUAACCAAAGUUCUGCCGUUUUAUAUACAAAAAGAAUGAAAAAUGCAUCGCUCAUUUUUAUCAAAAAUCCGGUUAACAUGAUCGAAAUGUUAAAAAAAUGAAAUUUUUAAACUGAACUACAGUCGCCAAAUAAAAGGUAAAUUAUCCAAAUAAGUUCAAAUGAUUGUCAAGCGACAAAGAAAUGUCAGUAAAGGAAUAAGUCGCCAAACAGUUUGGUUUCAAUUUCAGUGAACCAUUUAAAAUUAGGCAAAAAACAAUAACUUUUGUUCGACAUAGAUUUUCUGUAAUUCUAUCCGUUUUGAGAGCAAUCGGACACAGGUUCCCCUUCUUCAACAGCAAAAUCAUUCAGCAGAAUUUUUUCCCUGAAAAAAAUUUAACAUACUGAUAACGAGGAAUGACCUCUGAGUAUUAAUCAGAAGAAACAUUUUCAAAAAUGUUACGAACAGUUUUGAGUGUUAUCAAAAUAGUCUUAGAAAACGGGAUCACAUUAACCGGCGAGUACACUUGCAUUUAGAAUAUCUAAAAUUAUACAAAAGCGUUGGGAUCCCAUCUUUAUUUCCUUCAACGAAGCACAUUUGUAACUUUUUCAAAUGUAAAAAUAACAUUAUUAUAUUUCAAAAUCAAAUAUCUUAUAAAAACCUUAGUAUGACAACUUGUGAUAUCAUUGUAGAAAUAUGACUUAUAAUUUAAACUGAAAUCUCCUUGAGUUAUGUUUCAAAUGUAACACACAUGUUUCAAACGUGUGCAUGGCUGAUUUUAUGUUUCAUUAAGAUUUCGAAACUGAAUUAGUAAAUAAAGAGCAACCAUUAUUUAAUUUUACAGUAAACAAUAAACCUGUUAUACUACUUUAGCACUUUUUAUGAUUAUUUUAAAAGGAUUUUUUAUCAUCUUUGUUACUGAAAAAUGUUUUCAAAGAUUAUGCAAUACUAGCGUUAUAAAUUACCUGAAUUUAUAAUCAGUCAGUUUAUUUCAAAGUAACACUGACUAUAAAAUAUGGCGAUACAGUACAAUAAUAUAAAUACAAAUUGUAAUAAUAUUAUAACCUAUAAAUUUCAAGUUUAAUCGGUAUACGCGAUAGUAAUAUAAGGUUAUAUAAAGUGAAUGGCGAUUGAAGUAUAAAAUUAGAAUUUCCUAACACUGAUUUUUUAAAAAAGGAGCAUGUUUCCUUUCAUAUCUCAGAAUAGUGUUCGGGUUGCUGCAUUUUUAAUGACCUUUUCUUCUUAGUUUAUUUUGUAUUAAUCUAUUUAUCAAAAUUCUCUGUUUUUGAUUACAAAACUCUCAUAGCAAGUACUAACCGAAACCAAAUAUUAAUUAUCUUUAAGGUCUGGAAAUGUAUUUUUCAAGUUUACCAAAAAUCUUUAACUAAAUUUAAAACUUAGUAAUUAAGUCACUUUUAAGUAAUUUUUAUUACCAGUGCGUAAUCGUUUUACCUUAUGUUUUUCAUUUUUUCUUACGUAAUAACUUAUGUUGUUAAUAUUAUUUUGUUAUUUAAUGCUAUGUUUAAUAAAAUGCGAAUUGGUAGUUACGAGCUGUAAUUGUUUAAAUGAACGUAACUGUUUUGCUAUUGUUUAUAAAACUGUAAUACUUCCAAAACAUUACUCAAUGCCGCUUUCAAAUCAUUUCAUUAAUUUCACUUCAACAUCAUUAUGCAUUUUGUUUUUCAAUUUUAUUAUCCUACGAAGUAGAUUUGUGAAAAUUAACGAUUUAAAAUUAAUUACUUUGCUUCGAAGGCCAUUUUAUUGCAGAAUUUAUAUCUGAGUGGGCAUCUUAAGUUGACAUUAACAAUUUUAAACAAACGGUACUUGAUGUUUGCAUUUGACGCAAAUUGCCAAAUCUAGCUUUGGUAUCUUUGGAUCUAAUCUUUGGUAAAAAAUGAAUUUAUAAAUAAAUAAAUUUUAAAUUGUUAUGUAAUAAAUAAACCCAGGUGUAAAAUGUUUUAAUCCAUUCACAGAAAUUCUGUUUUGAAAUGAAAUUUUUUUAUGUUUAUGAAUUAAAUUUUCUUUCAAUAAUUGUUUCGAGUUAGUAAUUAAUGUACAAAAUUAUAAAUGUUUUUUUAACCUUAAAUUGAUGAAAUAAAGAAACAAAAUUGGAGAUGAAAUUCUGUUUUGAAAUACAAAACUCUGAUGUUUAUGAAUUUAAUUUUCUUUCCAUCAUUAUUUUGAGUUGUUAAUAAAUACACAAAAUUAUGCAA